AUGGACUUCAACAACAUCGUGAUGUCCGAGAAUGGCGAGAGACCAAGACACUACCCGGGUUUUCACCAAACAGACAUUGUCCGGGCACAAUCUUUAGACAGGCUUGAGUACCUUGCAUCUCAAGAAAAGCCCUUCUUCUUGACGAUAGCCCCUACCGUUCCACAUGAGAACUACAACUUCUACGCUCCAGUCCCACUUCUUCGACACAAGGGUCUCUUUCCAAACGUCACUUCUCCAAAACCUCCCAACUGGAACCCCCCAGAUGAACUUCAAAUGCAAAAGUCCAAUUGGAUGAAGAAAUUACGCCAAUUGAACGAGACAGAAAUAGCGCAAGGUGAUUGGCUCUUCCGCCAGAGAAUCGAGUCACUUCAGGGAGUGGACGAGAUUAUUGAAGAUGUCGUGCAGCUGCUGGAGGACAAGCAAAUCAUUGAAAACACCUACAUCAUCUACACCACAGACAACGGCUGGACGAUCGGGGCCAACCGUGUCGCAGCCGGUAAAGCCACCCCGUACGCAGACGACACGAACCUCCCAUUUGUUGUCCGCGGCCCUGGCGUGCCCAGCGGCGUCAAAUCUUCUCUCCCCGGAUCACAUGUCGAUCUCGCUCCAACAUUUCUUGAAAUUGCUGGAGUCAAACCCGAAGACUUUCCUCCAUUUCUCGAUGGUCGCAGUCUCUUUGACCAAUGGCUUCAGCCUGACUCAGGCUACGAGAGCCAGAACCAAGAAGGUGGCAGGGAGUUGCUGAACGUGGAGUUCUGGGGCUCCAGAAUCAUUGAGGCGCCCGCUGCGUCUGAAGUUGGAACGAUUCUAAACAACAGCUACAAGACUCUGCGGUUGGAUGACCCUUACGAACUCGUCAAUCUGAUAAACUCCACUGACACCUCACAUCAGCGACUGCUCACCCGCCUCAAUGCGAUCCUCCUGGUCACCAAGUCCUGCACCCAGAGAACCUGUCGCGACCCCUGGACCGUCCUGCAACCACCCAAUUCUUCCCAAAUCACGACGCUCACUGAAGCCCUAUCUUCCGAUCAGGACGCCUUCUUCGCUUCUAUACCGCAAGUUCACUUUAAUGAGUGCAUGCAGUACCAGUACAUCCCCAACGAAGGUCCCUUCUACCCUUCGAGUGCGGAGGAAGGAUUGAGCAAAUUCCGGCAAUCGACAGACAACUUUGUGGAGACCAGCGCAGUCAAGGUCAUCAAGCCGGAUCUCACCAAAUUUUACGGCGGACCUGAGCAGAGGAAUGUCAAAUGGGCAGAGAUACUUGCGGCUUCGAGGCCGCUAACGGGCGAGGAACUUGGAUCAAGCGUGGAUUCGAGAAGUUUCGAAGAGCGUGAUAUCCUGGAAUGGUACAACUGA